AUGGCAAUUCCAGUGCGCCGUACAUAUACCCGUUCAUAAUAUUGAUGUCCUUCGCUAUGGUAGCGUCGCUGGUAACGGGAUAGACUGACAUGGCGCAUCCAGGUCAAGUCGGAGGACCACCUCAACAAUGGCACCCCGGUAUGGGUGGCCCGCCACCUGCAGAUUUAAGGCAAGGAAAUGGCCCCCCUCGACGGGGAGGGGGAGGGGGACCUCCUCCAAUGGCUCCUCCCCCAAUGCAGGGCAUGCCGCAGUUUGCAGGCUACGAACAAGUCGGGGGAUUUGGGCAAAUGAAUUUUAUGCCCCCUCCACCGCCACCCCCACCACCUUCUGGCCCACCCCCACCAAUGGAGUUUUCCGACAUAGCUAAUUUGGACGAGGCGGCAUGUAGACAAGCUAUGCUUGACUUCGUAUCGGAAAACUGUUGUUAUGGAGCCAAACCUGCCCAGGAAAUGACCAUCACCCACCAUCAUGGUCUUACCGCCUUCCAUUAUACCCUAGAAACGUUUACUGAAGCAAGAAAGACUGGAUUCAAGCAUGUGCCUUACCGCGGCGGCCCUGUAGAUGGCCCUGAAAACGGCCCUCCGCCCCCGCCUUGGAAUAUCCAUUGUAUAGCUGACAGUAUGUUCCACACGCACGUCAAGAAAAUGGAGGUUCCUCAUACAGCAACCGUUCGGCCGUGCCACCGUUGCGAUGCCCAGGGAUACUUCCGCUGCUGGGAAUGUCACGGCUGGGGUCAGACAGAGUGUGAGAGUUGUGAUCGGAGAGGGUUCCAUGAACGAUUUGACCCCAAUCUGGGUCAUGCCGUCCAUGAAACCUGUCACCGUUGCCAUGGUGAUGGAAUAUGUCGAUGUGAUAGAUGUGGUGGUGAUGGUAGAAUAACUUGUGAUGAAUGUGAUGGUUACAGGAAUAUCAAAACGUACAUAGAACUCACGGUCACAUUUACAAAUCAUGUUGGUGAGCACAUUAUUGAACGUUCCGAUAUGCCUGACCACUUAGUGAAAGAAGUGGGCGGAGAAAUGGUGUUUGAACAAGUUCUAGACCAAGUAUUCCCGAUAACAUCGUACCCAAUCGCUGAGAUUAACAACAAUUCUAUCAGGAUUGUCAAUUCCCACAAGGGAGCAUUCCCAAAUGAGAGAAUGCUAAAACAGAGACAACAGUUGCGUGCUGUUCCGGUGACUGAGGUCCACUACACGUGGGAGGACGUUAGUACACGAUACUGGAUCUACGGUCUGGAGAGGAAGGUCCAUGCCCCGGACUAUCCACAACAGUGCUGCUGGGGCUGUACCAUUCUGUAAACGGCUUGCAACAAAAUCCACUCAGGGGGGCUAGGAAUACCCAGUCAUUCAAAACAAAUGUUAUCUUGUAUUUUUUUUUUUUUUUUGAAGUACAUGUUAUAACUAAAUGCAUUAUAAUUUUGAUUCCCUGAUAUAUUUUUAUUGCUUUCUGAGAAAUGUUUUAAAUCUAAAGUAUUUACUUUUUGAAUUCGUGAAAUUAAAAUGGUGAAUUACCUUAUGUGGACUAUCACUCUGUUUGAUGUGAAAUUAUGGAUGAUAAAAAAUAGCUGUAGUCAUUCUUUGAGUGAGAGAAUGAUCUAACAAUGUUGCCAAUGCCUUAUUAACUUUAUGAACAUGCUAUAAAAUAUUGUGAAGGUGUAUAAUGUAAGUUACUAACCAUGGUUCUUUCUUUAUUGGUAUGAAGGCUGUGUUCUGUGUAAAGUCCAUGUAUAAUAUCUCCACUUCGUCUUAAUUUUCCGUUAGCUUACUCCAGCAGCAUCAAGUUUAAAUUAGGUGAUCAAAUUGAUGUUAGUAAUCUAUAUUACUGUAUAUUAUUAUCAGAAGUUGCUCAAAGCACUGAAAUAUUGCAAUAAGUUAGUCCUAGAAUAUUAUUUCAUCACCAAUAUACUUUAGAGCAAUAUUCUUAUGAGAUUGUUAAAGACUUGUUUAUCUGCACUUAAAGAGAUUAACAUGCAUCGCAAUAAAUGUAAAUGAUAUUUAUUUAUACAUUUGAAUAAAUAUUAUACCUUUGAAUAAUUUUACUUAUGAGAAAAAAAUAUUUGAGAUCAAACAUUCAAUGAUUUUACCUUUCAUUUU